CCGGCAAACUUUUGGAAUUCUCGACAAAUACAAUCGCUCGCCAGACCGAAACCCCUUUCCGAAGUCACAGAACCACUCAAUAUGUCUGGGGAGAAGCGGCCCGCCGCCAAUUCGUUCGGCUCGACGCAGCUUGUUAAACGCGCAAAAUCAGAUGCGGGCGCAGGCAGUUCCGCGGUAGCUGUGGUGAAUGGAUCAGCGCAGAAUGGCGCGCUCAUACAGGCUGUGCCGCGAACGAGUUCACUCCAAUCACCUGUGAUGGAGUUGGCAGGUCACUCUGGAGAGGUAUUCGCUGCUCGUUUCGAUCCGACCGGCCAGUUCAUUGCUUCUGGAUCCAUGGACCGUUCCAUAUUACUCUGGAGGACUUCAGGCGCAUGCGAGAACUACGGUAUCCUUACCGGUCACAAACAAGCAGUACUGGACCUGCACUGGUCAAGAGAUACAGAGAUUCUUUACUCUGCAUCGGCGGAUAUGACUUUGGCCAGUUGGGAUCUGGAGAGCGGACAAAGAAUAAGGACACAUCCAGGACAUGAAGAGGUAAUCAAUUGCAUGGAUGUGAGCAAGCGCGGAGAGGAGAUAUUGGUCAGUGGAUCAGACGACGGUUACAUUGGGCUGUGGGACCCCCGAACGAAGGCCGCAGUGAGCUUCAUCCAGACAGAUUUCCCCGUCACAGCCAUCUCCCUCUCUGAAGCCGGGAAUGAGUUGUUCACGGGCGGCAUCGAUAACGACAUCAAGGUCUGGGACUUGCGCAAACAGCAAGUGACCUAUCGAUUGCUUGGACAUACCGACACCAUCACCUCAUUACAACUUUCACCAGACAACCAGACUCUGCUAUCGAAUGCACAUGAUUCUACUGUUCGUACGUGGGAUGUUCGACCAUUUGCGCCAGCGGAUCGACGCAUUAGGACAUUCGAUGGUGCACCGACAGGACAGGAGCGGAAUCUUUUGAAGGCUAGCUGGGAUGUGAAGGGUGAAAGGAUUGCAGCUGGCAGUGGUGACCAGAGCAUUGCGAUCUGGGAUUCUCGAUCGGGCAAGCUUUUGAACAAGCUCCCUGGUCACAAAGGCGCGGUCAACGACGUGCGAUUCUCUCCACAGGAAGAACCCAUAUUGGCCUCGGCAUCCUCGGACCGAACGAUCAUGCUCGGAGAGUUGACAAAGUGAGCGAUAGUCGAAUAUUGGAGUUUUGUAUAUAUUCGAUGAGAAGAACGGCGCACGGAGACCUUCUCAGGUAUUACGAAGAAACGUCCAGGUUCGCACAAGGACGGGUCCCCCCGCAUUGUACACCGGCCGGAGGCACACGGCGGUGCGACGUAGAUGACAUUAGACGGGACAGCAGGAUCGGCGAAACAACUGACGAGAACGCGUAAGACGCGUUCAUGUAAUAACAUUUUGAUGUAUCUAUCUGCUGCGGUGCUACCAUGUUGUCAGGCAAAGCCACCUGACAAACAGAGACCGAAAUGAAAGAAUUUGAGAUACGCUCGCUACCAAAGGUUGCGCGCUUCAUAGCAUUGACAUUUAUUUGAGCUGCU